AAAAUGUCUACAUGGAUGCCUAAACACAAGAUAAAAAUGUUUGCUUCGUCUGUGUGUUUGCUACACCUGGUCUAGAAGUGUGUUUAAAGCUUAAGCUGGUCCUAAGCAACUAGCCAGCCUAAACCAGCUCAUGACCAACUAAGGACCAUCUCAAACCAGUUGCUAUCUUUAAACCAGCCUAUGUUUUUUUUCUCAACCGGGUAGAUGGAUAGUUCAUCAAAAAAUGAAAAUUCUGUCAUUAUUUAUUCAUCCUCAUGUCAUUCCAAACACGUAACCUGGUUAUACUGAGGUGGUUUGUGCACUUCAUCAAGGGGAAUUAAGAAUGUCCUUUUGCCUGAGAAGCUUCUGAUUGCUUAUGCUUUAUAACAGAUGAGUUAUAUUGUAUAGAGUUUUAGAAAUGAAAUGAAAAAAACACAGCAUCAUGAUAUGUGGUGUUUUUGUAUCUCUGAACAUAGUUCAAGUAUUAACAAUGCUCAGCACUGCCAAUAAAUGAUAGUUCAGUUUACACUGGCAACAUUUUAAUCAUUAGUUAAAGAAAAAAAAAGGUUCCCAAUUUUGUUGUACAAAGAAUUUAUUUAUUUAUUUAUUUUGUGCUUGCUCUUUAAUGAAUUUUGUUGUGUAAAAAAAUACCAUAAAUAGGUUUUAGUUAAAUGAAGUCCCUUCCACAUUCAGUGUCCAGGCAAACACAACAUCACAAAGACGUUUCCAGUCACAUAUACUGUAGGCAGGAUUUAAUUGGGGAACAUUCGUGAACUAACAGAGCCAGAGCAGUCCCUACUGAAGAGUGUUUCUUUAAAGGUGGAUUUUAUGAGAAACGCUUUUAACUAUAUGGCCUCUACAACUGAGAGUCUGUUAAAGAGCCGGGAGCUUAUAGAGUUUCUGAGAGAACAAAACUUUGAUGCUUUUUUAACUGAUCCUGCUCUACCAAUGGGAGCCAGUCUGGCAUAUAAUCUAUCUGUACCUGCAGUGUACAUGUUGAGGCGAUUACUGUGUGAAGCUGCGGCCACAGGCAGUCCUGACCCUCCUUCAUAUAUCCCACGUUUCUUUACACAAUACUCAGACCGCAUGUCUUUUAGUCAGCGUGUACUGAAUGUUUUUGUCAGCAUGCUGGAACCACUUAUAUGUAAAUUUGUAUACUGGCCCUUUGAGGAAUUUACAUCCAGCUUCCUUCAGAGAGAUGUGAGCCUGACUGAGAUCCUAAGCAAUGGAGUCUGGUUGGUGUGGUAUGAUUUCAGUCUGGAGUUCCCCAAACCCCUGAUGCCCAACAUGCAGCUCAUAGGAGGAAUUAACUGUGGAAUUAGGAACCCACUGAAAAAGGUCAGCAUUACCUUUAUACCUGCUACAUGAUACUCAGAGUUUUGAAGCUCAUAGUAGCAAGUAGAAGCUGAAAAGCGUGACAAAGUUUCUGGGUUUUCAAUCAGGAAAAAAACAAAAGGCGAGCAUGACUGUACCUACAUAUUGUAAUUCAUUGCCAGGGUUAUUUUGGAUGCACCUAGUUUGCCAGGUUCCACAUGUAUCGAUAACUUUCUUGUUGGUUUUGGAACAACAUUCCUGACAACCAAUCAGAUUUUAGGAUUUGGUUUAGGCAUAAUUGUCACGUUGUUUUAGGACUGGUUUAGGGGCUUGUACACCAUUUUUAUUAACUGAAAAUGUACAUGUACUGUAGUUUAAAGCUUAGAUUAUGGUUAGGGGUAAGAAUAAAGGUUGGAACUUUUUUUUUUUUUUUUUUACAAAAUUGUUGUUCCAGGACCAACAAAACAUGUUGAUCUAGGAACAUACCUUACUCUGCAAAAUCAGGAUGUCUCAUCCCUAGUAAAAAAAAAAUCUUAUAUUUAAAACACAUUUAUUUCAUACUAA